AUGACUAUGAGCGAUCUCAAACACAAAGAAUGUGAGUCAAUAGAAAGCAAUUCAGACGCCACUGAAUACAGACAAUUGGCCACAAUUAUUGUGAACAAUCUGUUGACCAGAGCUGUAUCCAAAGUGAAUGAACAGAUAUUUCAAAUGAGAGCUUCACAAAUGAACGUAACUCCCAAAUAUAAUGAGACCAAUUUGGACUUAAUGCCAAAUUUCGCGGCCAUCUGGUUGUCAGUUGGUAACAAAGUCUCUUGCUCUUCGGAAACGAUUUCUGGAGCUCUUCACUAUUGGUUACAAAGCUUUGCCCGUGGACCUACAGUGCCCACUCUGUGCAUAAGUCUGCCGAGUACGCAAGCCGGACUCUUUGCAAAAGCAAACAACAGUUUCGUCAGCGGAAGUCGUGACCAAAUUUAA